GUCCAUGGGCGCAGCCCCCAGGCCCCGCCCGUGCUGAGCCGUCCCGGGGGGCAGCAUGGCCUCGAAGAAGGUGCCCUUUCGCUCCGAGGUCCUGGCCUGGGACCCUGACAGCCUGGCGGACUAUUUCAGGAAGCUCAACUACAAGGACUGCGAGAAGACGGUGAAGAAGUUCCACAUCGACGGGGCUCGGUUUCUGAACCUGACAGAGAAUGACAUCCAGAAGUUCCCUAAGCUCCGGGUGCCGAUUCUCAUUAGGCUAAGUCAAGACAUCAACAAGAACGAGGAGAGGAGAAGCAUCUUCCCUCGAAAACCUCAAGUGCAGCGGUUUCCGGAAGAAAUAGAGAGCCACGAGGAGGACAACGGGGGCUGGUCAUCCUUUGAAGAUGACUAUGAAAGCCCCACGGAGGACCAGGGCGGAGAGGACGAUGGUGACUACGAGAGCCCGACGGAGGAGGAGGUGCCCCCGGUAGAGGAUGACGCCGACUACGAGCCCCCGCCGUCCAACGACGAGGAAGCGCUCCAGAACUCCAUCCUGCCUGCCAAGCCCUUCCCCGACUCCAUGUACAUAGACCGCCCCCACACCGGGAAAGGUGCCCAGCAGCCCCCCGUGCCCCCACAGAGGACCAUGGCGGCUGUGCCUGUCCCGCCCAGUGCCCGGAACCAUGGGCCCCUGCCGCCGGCCCAGCCCAGCCAGCAGGAGCCCGGCAGGAACAGAAACCAUAGAACUCCGAAGCUCCCGCCUCCUUCCAUCGACAGAAGCACGAAGCCCAUGCUGGACUGGUCCCUGGCUCCAGCCGACCGAGAGCCCUUCCUGCCGGGGAUGAAGCCGGCCUUUCCCAGCAAGCCCCCCACCCAGGAAGGCAGGUCACACGGGGAGUUUUUACCCAAGAUACAGAAGCCUCCUCUGCCAGCAGCCAUAGACAGGCACGAAGGCGGUCGCCCUCCGCUGGCCACCAGGCCGCCUGUGCCCAGGCACGUAUGGGGACCCGGCAGAAGAGAGAAUGACGAAGAUGAUGCUCUGCAGAGACCUCUGCCCCAGCCGGCCCCGGCCCCCAAGACGGCCAACCCUUUUCCUUCGAGGUAUACUAAGGCAGGCUCCAACCUCUCCCUCCCCGCAGCGCACACGCCUGCAGCGCUCUCGGAAAGUCACUUCCAGCACAGCAACUCCUUGCCGCCGUAUUUCUCUCAAGGCCCGGGCGGAAGGCCCCCUCCGCGAGCGGAAAGCAGGCCCGUUCCCAGCAAACCCCGGCCACCAGCCCCUGGGGAAGAGGAUUCAUUGAACCAAGAGUGGUACGUUUCUUAUAUUACCCGACCGGAAGCAGAAGCUGCUCUUAGAAAGAUAAACCAGGAUGGCACUUUUCUGGUGAGAGACAGCUCUAACAAAACAAUAAGCAACCCCUAUGUCCUCAUGGUACUGUACAAAGGCAAAGUUUACAACAUCAAGAUUCGUUACCAGGAGGAAAAUCAAGUUUACUUGCUGGGAACUGGUCUUCGAGGGAAAGAGGACUUUUUGUCUGUGUCGGCUAUUAUCGACUACUUCAGGAAAAUGCCACUUCUGCUCAUUGAUGGGCAAAACCGAGACUCCAGAAACCAGUGCACACUGACGUAUUCUGCAGGUUAUCCCUAGUGAGCCAGCGGCGCAAAGAACCCUUCCCGCCUCUGUUGUCAAUAUGGGACGAUCAACCCUGGUGAACAAACAAACACUCCGAACUGCACUGAAUCCUUCAACAUAAACAUAAUGGUUUAUGGCUUCAAAAAAUGGUUUGAAAUGAAGACUCUCAAGUAUCCCAUAACUUAUUCUUUUUCAAUAUGAAGUCCAUGAGUAAUUCAUGUUCAUGCUUAAGUCGAGUAGGCGUGAAUGUCAUUACUAUAACAUACUAUAGUAAGUGUUUUUUUUUUAAAUUUUUACUGUCCAUUUUUGAACAACCAUUUCAAAUAGUAGUUUAUAUGGUUAAGUAACUUGGGUUACUUUUAUGGUUACUUACAUGGUUACUUAUAUGGUUAAGAGAUGCUGAAACAGAAACCAUUUAUGCUAUUAUAUAAAAUGAUUUUUAUUAGAGUAAAACCUUGCCAAACACAACUGUCAGUGUUAUAUCUGUAAGAAAGUUACUAAAUUUUCUCAGCAACAAUAACAAAAUUAAGAGGCUUCAAAAAUAUUUUAGCCUUUCUUAUUUGGUGCUUUUUGCUGAGGAUAUGUUUUAUAUAAUUUUUUUAUGAAAAGAUAAAUCAGUUUUGGACUAAC